AAAACAAUAGAGAGUGGAAGUCAAUGCCUCUAGGAGAAGUAAAGGUGCACAAAGACACAGAGAAAGUAAAGAAAGAAACAACUUUACCCAGCAAUUGAGAGAACAACAGCAGUAGAAAGAAACAAAGAAGAUUAGAUAAUAAAUCUUCCAUGGGAUUCAAGAUCCAUAGAAGAUACAGAUUUUAUAUUAUUUAAUUCAUCAACCUCUCGUUAUCGUUUUUCGAUUCAGAAUCUUCUUUGAGGGCCCUCUCUCUCUCUCUCUCUCUCCGAAAACCACUGUGAAAGAUGUUGUUUUGGGAUAUGGGUUUCAUCUUAGCAUCUCUUGGGGUCUUCAAUUUGGAAAACCAUUGAUAAUUCGAUGGAAGAGGAAAAUUGCAGGAGGGUUUGGGUUUGGGGUUGGGAUUGAGUUUGUCCAUGAUGAGGCUGAAUAAUCGCAUCGGGAAAUUGUGAUUUUUGGGAGAUCGAAGGAAAUCGCAAGACGAUUUUCUGAUGAGAAUGGGGGAGAAUGCAAUUGGAAAUGCGGCGGCUUUGCACACGGCAAUGAAUUCCGUGCAAGCUCUGGGGAGAGGGUUCGAUGUGAACUUCGAUACGAGGUUGCUAUACUGCAAAGGAGUAGCGGGUUCAAGAGUGGUCCAGAUUGACGAGGAACAUACUAGAAAUCUCUUUUUGUAUGAUAAUAUUGAACUGCCCAAUAUUUCCAGAGAUAUCAACAAGACUUCGGAUCCUAAGAUUCGCCAGAGUUCUGGUGUUUUGACUUUCUAUGAGAUGGUGGAGUACUUUAAUCAAAAGGCUGAUAUAUCCGGAGGUUAUCCACUUGGUAGCUUCAAUUCUGCAUUUAGCUUUACUGGUUCAAAGCAUAUCGAUGCUGCAUCUACAAAGACCCUCUCUAUGGAUGGAUUUUAUAUUCCACUUGCAAAGAUCCAACUUAUGAAAUCCCCAUUAGUCUUGCAGGAUAAUGUUAAACAGGCUGUCCCAAAUUUUUGGGACCCUUCAUCCUUGGCAAGCUUCAUCGAAAAUUUUGGAACACAUGUUAUAACUUCAGUGACUAUUGGUGGUAAGGAUAUGAUAUAUGUUAAACAACAUCAGUCGUCCCUUUUGUCAACCAUGGAGGUUAAAAACUAUGUUCAGGAUAUUGGAAAUCAGAGGUUUUUUGACACAGAGAGUCAUACAAGUUCAGGUCCUAUGAAAAUCAAGGAUAAGGGUGGUGAUUCUAGCAUAUUUAACAGCCAAGGGAUAUAUCCACAACCCACAAGUGCUCCAUAUCUUACCGGGAAAGAAGAUGUUACAAUCAUUUUUCGGAGGAGGGGAGGCGAUGAUUUGGAGCAAAACCACAGCCGCUGGGAAAGAACUGUGAAAUCCUCUCCAGAUGUCAUUGACAUGACUUUUGUUCCUAUCACAGAUCUCCUUAAUGGGGCACCUGGAAAAGAGCAUCUGACUCGUGCAAUUGGUUUAUAUCUUGAAUACAAGCCCCCAAUUGAAGAGCUGAGAUAUUUUCUGGAGUUUCAGAUUCCACAAAUAUGGGCUCCUGUGCAGGAAAAUAUUCCUGGCCACCAAAGAAAGGAACCUGUUUGCCCAUCUUUGCAAUUCAGCAUGAUGGGGCCAAAGCUUUAUGUAAGCCAGGAGCAGGUAUCAGUGGGAAAAAAACCUGUGACAGGCAUGCGAUUAUCUCUUGAAGGAGCCAAGCAGAAUCGGCUAAGCAUUCAUAUUCAACACUUGGCAUCCCUUCCUAAAAUCCUUCUUCCAUAUUGGGACACCCAUGUUUCAAUUGGUGCUCCCAAGUGGCAGGGACCUGAGGAGCAGGAUAGUCGAUGGUUUGAGCCAGUGAAAUGGAAGAAUUUCUCUCAUGUAAGCACUGCACCAGUUGAGAAUCCUGAAAGCUUUAUAGGUGAUUUCUCUGGAGUCUAUGUAGUCACAGGAGCUCAACUUGGAGUGUGGGAUUUUGGGUCAAGAAACGUUCUGUACAUGAAAUUCCUGUAUUCCAGACUACCUGGCUGCACAAUACGAAGAUCUCUUUGGGAUCAUGCCCCAGAUGACAAGUCAAAGAAAGUCCCUUCUGUAAAAAAUACCAACGCUGGUGACUCAAGUUCAGGUUCAACAGAAAACACUCUGGGCAAGAAGUUGGCAAAAUUUGUUGAUAUGUCUGAGAUGAGCAAGGGGCCACAAGAUCCUCCAGGCCAUUGGUUGGUUACCGGAGGAAAGCUCAGUGUGGAGAAAGGUAAAAUUGUUUUGAGAUUGAAAUAUUCGUUGCUGAAUUACUGAGCUCACAGUCAUGGUUUGUAUGAUGAUGUGCAAUAUGGUAUAUUGUACAAGAGGCUGUGCAUUUGAUGCAUACGGAUUCGUGUUAUCAUCCAUAUGAACCACUGAAAGUAUGUGAGCUGGCUAAAAAGGACGUUUAAGUAGGUGUUUUUUGGAGUGGGGUUUCUCCCAAUUUCAGAGGCCAAUUCUGUUUUCUUGGUUAUCUGUGAAUUUUGUAGAGAAAUUUAAUUUCCGUUGUUAAGAUAUGAGAGAGGAUGUAGAGUUUGCCUCUCAAUGUUAUUGUUCAUAUAUUUAUAAUGUAGACUAAGAAUUCUUUUGUUGAGACACGAGCUUGUUUUUCGUCCAA